GUCAGCCUCAGGACUCAGUCUGGACCAGGAUAAUUACUGGAAACCCUAAUGGGGGCAGGGAACGUGCUGGCUGUAAAUGGUGCUUUCUUUAGGUCUGAUUGGGCUGGACCACUCCCCUUGUUGCUUCUUCAUUGGCCCAAACCAACAUCAAUCUGUUACUCACAGGUCCCCCUCAAGUUUGAAACUUUUUUUUACGAGUAGGAGGAGGAGGAAUCGGAUUACAAGCAACUCUUGUAACCGAUCUCACCGCAGCCGAGAGAAGAAAACACUCUUUCAAUAAUUUAAACAUCUGUGCCUGAUACACAGUUUCAGAACAGAAAGCAACAGCAAUACAAGAGGAGGACGUGUUUUUUUUCUCCCUUAUCGAGAUCCAACAAAACAAGCCGACAAACAUGCAGUGAGGCGGCUGCUCCGUGAGUCUGACUGCUCUGCUGCCAGGAUGUGAAGAGCUGAGAGGGUUUUGUUCAGAUUGUCUUGUAGGCUGACAAACUCCUGUAUCCCUGUACUGAGCUGACAGAAAGGUGAGUUUACCGGCUGAACUUAAGGCUCCACUGGUUUCUAGUGAAACAUCUCGACUAACAACCGACGGUCAGAGAGGCCUGUGGUCACAUCACCUCUUCUCUUAUUAAGACAUCAAACUUGUCAACACAGAGCAGCUUUUUGAACACUCAAUUAACAAACUGAAACAGGAUUAACUCAGCUUUGUUUAGAGUCACUUUACCUCUCAUAGCAGACUGUGAUUCACACAGACAUAGCGGAAGUCAAUCACCAGUUUAUUAGUCAGGAUGUGAGUCAAAUAUCGCAUUUUUGCAACAAAUGGUAACAAAAUGGCUUCAGUUUGUGGUGCUAAACAGCGCCAUUAUAGACCACAACCAGUAAUUAUAGAAAUAAACCUGAGUCAUGCUGUGAUAUCUAUGCAUUAACUUUAGUUUUGAACCCUAGAACACUAUCACUAAAAUAAGUAAUACCAUCACUAUCGAAAUAAUAUACCCAAGAAAAAGUAUUUGUCAUCAAAAUAGGACAAUACAUGACAAAUUAAAGUAGUUUUCUUUUCUUUUCUUUUUAACUGUGCAAUGUCCAAAGAGAGGAAAAAAGUGCCAUGAGGGGACUGUAUAGAAAUGCAACAAAAUGACUGAAAUCAGGCAUUCAUGAACAAAAAAAUUCCUAAAAAAUAUAUGUGUAUAUCGAAACUGUAAACUCAGUUUCUUUUCCACCUACUCCUGGGGCAUGUGAGUCUCUCCUGGUGAAGACUCAGGGUCCUUGGCACAAUAACAGCUGCAUGAGGACAGAGAACCAAAAUAUGGCAUAUUUUGAGUGAGUAAAAAUAACCAGCUGACUAAAAUAUUUUUUUAUCACCGUAUGAAUUCCCUUGAAAAUCACUACUUUGUGAUAGUUAUUCAUAACCACUGCGCUAAAUAAGGAUAGCAUUCAAAUUCCUGCAAAUUCUUGCCUUAUUUGUCUACAUACAGCUAUCAAAGCUACCUAAACCUACUUACCCUCUAUCUAUCUGGGUGAAAAUCCCCCGAACAUGUGACGGUAGGAAGAAGCAGGUUUUGGAUCAGGGAAACAAAUAUGCCUUCAAAGAUGUCAAAGACAAUGACCUGUGAUACUCAGACAAAUGCAACAUAAUGAAAAUCACGUAAACGUGUUUGGUCGGGUGAAUAUCACCCGGUGAUGUUGUUCUAGGGUUAAGCAGCUUUUAUUCAUUCAGGUCAAGAACUUGCCAAUGAAGUUUUUCUUUCAUAGAAGCCAGCAGUGGAUUACUGAGAAAUUUACUAAUCAGUGAGAAGUUAUUGAUGAGUAAUGUGAAUAUUGCAGAACAGCUGAGCUAACCAUAUUGAAUGUCACCUAAAAGCAAUGGUUGAGUUGAUCAUAUUUCAGAUGGUAGUCUACUUGAACUAAUUUUAACCCAGUUUCAGUGUCAGGGUAUUUUGAAAGUUUUAAACUAAGUUAUCAUCUGUUAAAAAAAUAAACUUGAAUAUUCCCUUUGGCAUGUCUUGUUUGUGAAGAAAAGAGAUUAUAUAAAACCCGGAGCAACAAACAGAUCUUAGUGCAACCUUUUGACGCUGUGUGUUUUUUGAAUGUCUUGUAUUUUACUUUUGCGGUGAAUACACAAAGUCGACACUGAGUCUUUGUGGGAAAAGUGUAGGAACAAGAAUGAAGGCAGAUUAAAAAAGGCUUUUCAUUCUGCUGGAUUGAAGGCCUUAUAAGCCCCCUCAUAGCUCCAGUCUGUACCCAGCCCAGACUGAAGUGGGUGCAGAUGACAUAUGUUUUGCAAACACUGAUAUGUUUUGUAACACAUUGCUGUGUUUACAUUGUAAAGCCUCCCUCCAGAACAAGGCUGGUGGAGUGGAUGAAUGGUUCCACUGUGCAGCCGGGGCUCUGGCAGGUAGCAGCACACAUUAUCAUGCACAGCCUCAACAGACAUGUCAAAUGAAUUAUGGUCCUGGAUCAGAACUCAGAGUUGCCUCUCUCCCUGCAUUAGCCGUAUCAGUGAUGAUAUGAUUUUCCUUUUUUUGGAUCUACUUUAUUCGGAUACUGUGGCUUUUUUGUGGCUUAGUUAUGCUCCUUGAGCUUCUGCAGGGUCAGAAACUAUCAGGGAAAUCUGUUUGCAGCUCUUUGCAGUAGUCAUCGGGGUGGUUUUUAAACCACACAUGCCAAAAAUUUCCCAGUUUUAGUCCUGAAAUUAAGGAAAGAGGCAUUUGAUCAAAUGAAUGGCAAUUUGCAUGAAGUGUUAUAAGCUCUUGUAGGUUGUAGAGGAUAUAUAUUUUGCUCCUUUUUUGAACACUUGAAGUGCUAACCCAGUUGGUGACUCAUUCAUAAGACUAAAAGCCUCAAGGGGAAGUUUCAUAUACUUGGGUUUAAUGCUGCUGUACACCACACAAGCAACUUUAAGGCCCCUAAUUAAGAAGGAGACAGCUAUGAUACUUUUUUCCCUCAACAUUUUGACAUUUAGCUCCCUCCCAAAAAAUUUGCCGAUCAAUUAGAUAAUCAAUGAUGCAUUUAAUCCCAGAUUGCAACCCUGAAAAUGAAGCCAAGAGUUGCCUGAGAAUGCAUAAAAAAUGUAGCGAAGGUGAAAUACAGUAAAGUAGAACAAUUAAAGUGAGUUUAUUUUAGAUUUCAUCCUUGACUGCCUCUAAUGAGUAUUUGCUUUUCAUCAUUAAUUAUAGCUUUGUGCCUGACAACAGCUUUAUUAUAGUUUCAGCAGAGGCACAAUGGGAUUCUGAAAGACAAGAAAUAAUAAUAACUGUCCAGUAGAAUUAAGUCCAUUCUGGUUAGCCUGGUCUAUGUAUAUUUCAGUGUAACUGUAUCUGCACUGCUGAUUCCCUCCUCUGUGUGUGUGUUAGAGAAGGACAAUACAGUCACGUUGCCAGACAUUCCCCAUGCAGUGUUAUUAAGGGCAGAGCUGGAAAUUGCGGCAGUAAUGCUAGAGACACAGUUGAGUCCUGCUGAGGGGGAUCCAUGGAAACUCACCGACAAGACACGAGAGGUGUUUUGACCUGCUUUUACUAGGCUGCAAAGUUCAGCCCACCAUACCAGGUGGCCUCCAGUUUCCGUGGAAACCCAAAACACACAGCGCAUGUGGCCUUGGCUAAAAGAGCAGAGCCGCCUGACCUGUAAAUAUCACAGCAUUGUUCGUAAUAGAGAGGGUGAAGGCUGUUGAUAUGAACCCCGAGAGCAGACUCAUGAGAUCCCUCUUCAGUCAUUUAUUAGUCACAGUCUUUUCCUCUUGUAUUGACCACCCUCCUGUUUUCACUGAUCUUUAUCCCUGCUGUUACCGCAGCCACUUAGACUGGUAUUUUUCACUCAAUUGACAUACUCGGUUAACAAAUUACACUCUCCGGGCUGCAAGUGAAUAAAAUUAGUUAUAAUGGUCGUGCUCUUAUGGUGGCCUUAAUUAAAAUGUCAAAGGCCCAGACAUCAAUCAUAGCUCGAGUUAGCACCUUGGAUAUGUCAUGCAUUGUGCUCUGAAAUGCUUAUUACAUUUGAGGCGAUGUGUAAUUAAAUGUAGGAUAUUUCACGGUGCACUAGUCUGAAUGCUCUCAGAUAUGAAGAUGUCUGCACGAAACAUUGUUAUUGCUUGAAAAAAUGUUGUCGGUGAGUGUUGUGUUGGUUGGCUCAGCCUCAGGCAGCACAGCAGCUCCUGUAUUCCCAGUCUUCAUAUACAUGCAUAACGCUGGCUGACAUUGCAGAGUUAACGUCAGCGUGCAGCAACUGUCUCCUACUGUAUCUGCUGCCAGUCGAGCAGGCUUUAUUCCGCCUGUCUCACACUUCUGGCCCAACCUGUUGCACCGUAGUCUGCUCCCAUUCGCCCCGGGUCUAUUUUAGUCCAAAUCGGCAGGCUGAAUUAUUAAUCUGCGAUCCAUUAUAUAGCGAUGUGUUAAUUAUUAAUUUUGCAGCAGGCCCUGGCAGAUCUGAGAAAACCUAAAAAAAAAAAAAAAAAAGGAGUAGGAUGGGGCAGGAUGUCUGAGCAGGAGGUACUGAUUGCCUCCUCUCUCAGCAAAUCUGCACAAAUCUUCACAAGAGACGACUGUGUGGGAAGAUGAGAGGAAACAUCAUACAAAGAUCUAGUAUUUUAUCCCAAACCCGCACAAUCACAUUUGUGCAUCAUUUACACAUUGGAUGCAGUUAUGGCGUGCAUGUCAAAGCUGCUGAACCAGACCAGCGUAUGUACAAAGAAACGAUUACACCAAUACAUAAGGGUUUGACAUAUAGAACUGUAGACGGAUAUACUCUGUUCCCAGCAUUGGCUCUCUUUAUUAGCAGUCAGUGCCUCCUCUGUUAUGCAACAUCUCAGGAGAAAGAGUGAGACAAACACCACCAAACUUGAUGAAAGAUGGAAUUGCAGCAUUCACUUGUCCUGAAAUCCUGUUGUUGAUUCCCUCAUAGCGGAGUGGUUCCAGCAUCGGUGCUCGUUUGAGUGGUUACUUGUCCUCUCUGAACACAAAGCACGGAUGUACCUUAUAUAACAAGCAGGAUUGUCUAUUGUUUCUCAAAGUGGAGACCGGUUAUAUCAUACAGCUGGGUAAGAUCUGUUAAGGAUAAAGUUUUCUGUUUUAAGAUAUUCUGAUUAGAAUUCCCUCUAAUGACAUCCAAACGCUUUUAGUCUUCAUUAAGGUGCUAUAAUGAAACUUUCUCCGGAAUAAUUAUACUCUUCAUUUACUUCAGCGUUUAUUCUUUCAGGGAGUGGUUCCUGCAGACUCACUCCACACUUCUUGCACGGUGGCUGCUUUUUAUUUACCCUUUACUCGUGGGAGUUCAACCAAAAGGCAGCAAAACAAAUACAAUAUGUUCAGAGAGUGUACACAGUUCAGUAAGAUCCAAUCCUGACGCAACUGCCUUGUAAUAAAUAGACACUUUAUAGGGCUUAUCAUGUUUGGCUUUUGUUGGCACUGUGUUAGUGAGGAGUUCAUGUAAGUCCUUGUAGGGGGGUUUUAUUAGAAAGUCUCUGUAUUAUUAUAUCUGCCCUUUAUGUGGUGUGUCAUGUAGAAUCAAAACACAUAAGAACUACACGACUCAGACUGUAUUAAAAGUUAACAAAACUCUAACAGACAUGCAAUGGUUAUUGACGGUCAGAAUAAAAACUAGUACUACUUUUAAUAAUCAAUUUGUAAGUCCUUGAAGCGACCUCUCAGCUGAGACCAUUUUCUGUUCAUCUUUGUCCUUUUUAUUGUAAUUAAGUUUUAGGUUGUUGUCCACUGAAAGAAGCAAAGUAGUUGAUCUUAAAAACACCAGAAUAUUAGGAUUUUUUAAAUUAUUAUUUAUAUUUUUGCCAUCUUUGUACCUGAGAUGAUAGUCAAGCAUUAGCAGGUACUCUCUAUUCUUCUGGUAUCAGUGUGAUAAAAUACUUUUUGUUAUUAUUUUGUUUGGAAAAAUGGAUACUGUUAACUUUCAACAAGCAUCACAAUGCUUUUGGUUUGUCAUCUUCACUUGAUAGACACGUGGAUUUGAGGACUGAAAAAUAAGGGCCUGUCUCCUUUGGUGCUGUUUUUUAGCUGGCGACCUCAAUUUCAAAGCAUUUCUCACUGCCUUGUAUUGUUGAUUACAAUGAUAACGAUGUGACGUUGGCAUGACAGUAAACAUGAUGAGUGUGUUCUUGUGCUAAGGACACUUGACUGCUGAACUGCUGAACUGUGUUGGUUUUGCCAAGAAAACAUGCUGCAAACUCAAAAAUUGCAUGACUGGAGAUAAGCCCUAAAUUAUGGUCCUCUAUUUUGCAUUGACUGACGUGUUUGCCAAUGUUUGAUACCAGAUUUUAGUGGUAGCAGAGGCCAGUACAGGGGCAAGUCUAAGAAAUACAAGAAGUUUAACUUAACAAAAGUGAAUGUAUUCUAUGUCUUUUGUACUGAACUGAAUCUCUUUUGUUAGCCAGAUAAAUAAGGCAGCUACAAUAUAUUUGCUUAAGUGUUCUGAGGUCAACAUAUUUUACCAAGUAUGGACAAAUAAGAAAUGAUAUAAAACUUAAGAGAUUAUUUGAAGUAUUGCAGUCAUGUCAUUUUCACCUAUUCAGAAUUGUAGGGAACAGCAGGAUGGAGACGAAAAGAAAAGGGUUCAAGGGCAGGAAGCAUCUCAGUUACAUAAUGUGACCUCUCAAUCACUGUUCAGGAAAUGCUAAUCCUUAUCAUCCACUCAGAGUAUUUAUGAUCGACUUCUGGUUUUGACUGAGUAUGUCGUGUACAUUAGAUUAAAAAAAACACAAGUGUGAAAAAGGAAGAAGUUAUUUUGGACACAGGUUAUGUUGAAAGCAGAUAAUUGAGGUUAUUUGAGUUGUCUGGCUCAUGAUUCAGGUAUGAUUUAUAGAGCUAGAGAGCAGUCAAUCUCUACAAAUACAGAGCUGCGCUCUGUAAUCGCCUCCAUCUUCCAGCAGUGAAGAUCCUCUCUGCUGAUGGAGUCGUCUCUGUCAGGGUCACAGUGCCCCAAUCCAUGUGACUACUGAUCCCUGAAGAGAAUGAAAGUCGUGACAUUUUCUGCUGCCAUCAACCAAUCACUUGUAAAAUGAUGUGUCAUGGAAAGUUCUGCCAUUUCUGCCAAAGCCUUUUUAGCAACUUGAGGUGGCCAAGUAUAUGAAGAAACCCAUUUUUUUUCAUUGGUUUGUCUCUAUAUGUGGACUGUUAUCAGUUUCUACCAUGCUGUCUAGCUUGGCAGCAGGUUUUAAAGAGGUUAUAUUUUGGGUGCUGUGGCGACGUCCCGUUCCUCAUCUAGCAUGAUGGCAUGGGUUAGUGUGGAAAGAAGCUACAGGUAUAUCUGAUUUUUUUCCUCUCUCACCUGUCACACCUAAGCUUUAGUUUGACUGAUAUGAGAGUACAGUGGAUGCAGAGGUUGCACCCUGGAUCUCAGCCAGUGCUCCCUCGAGGAAACUAGUGCCACGCUCUCACCCUGUUGGAUUUACUCUUAAUAUGAGCAGCCACGGGGAAAAAGAUGUUCAUGUACUGUAAAUAGCACUGAGCGGUUUGCAAUAACAAACUCCAUUUUGGUUUCAUAAAUUGGUUACUAAAUCAACAAAGACAUCAAAUGAAAUAACUGUCAGAAAACCAAUCACACACUGUUUGAUGUGGGGAUUUUCAGUUUCUGUACUUUCUAAUACCAAUUUAAUUUCCAUAUCCUCGGGUUUUGGACUGCUUGUAAGAUUAAAACAAGAAAUUUUUAAUUUAUCUUUUUGAGCCUUUUGAAAUUAUGAACAUUUUAUUACUCUAUUUUCCUGUUUUCUACCAGUGGUUUUCAGCUUCUUAUAAAGCCCUUUAAAAAGAAGUGAGUCCAAGAACACAGAUAAUAGUUUUAAGUUCCCAUGAAAUCAGAAUAUACUCAAGUUAUGCAAGUCUGAUGUCCAGAAUGAAGUGUAUGCAACCAUAUUCAUAAUGAAGAGCACAAAUAUUGUUGACGUCUAACCCUGUGCUCUGGGGCAUUUGCAAGUAUUGCAUGGGAUAAACAGGACAGUAUUUGUUGAACACACUAGUUUAGCCUACAUCAGCCCAUCUGCAAAUGUGCAGAUAAUGUUUGUAGACUAUAAGCUCCUUUCAGUGGUGUACAAAGUUCCUGAAAAUUUCCUGAAACUGCGUGAGUUAGCUGCACGUGUGAACACAAACAGCUGAGAUUUUCACCUCAACUUCACCCUGAAUUUUUCCUGCCAGCCCCUUGAUACAGUUUUGAUUAAAGUCCAGAGAAAGUGGUUGAGCUUGUGAGAAUACAGGGGAAUUCUUUUGGAUAUUUUACUGCAAGAAGCAGGAGGGGGAGAACGUGAGGAGUUUUGAUGUUUAUUGUGUGGCUGGUGUUCUGUCUAGUCUGGCUACUGGCUGAAAUAUGCUGCUGUCGACAAAUCAGUAACAGGUGGUCGGUUUGCACCAUUUAUUAAAGUUAUUAGGCCUUAAACAGGGAAAUGUACGUUAACUGUAAGAAUGAGGCAGCAUGUUUUUGUAUAUAAUUUGAAACUUUUAUUCAAAAAUUUAAGAGAAGUAUUUUUUCAGUGUGUCAGUGUUCCCUUUUAAACAUUGAAAAACAAUACCCUCAAGGGUAGGGCUAGGCAAGAAGCCGAAAAUUAACCGUUACUGAAAUUUACGACAAUAACCUAAGCCAUUUUGCCAUAAACUGUAUAUAGAAUGGAUGCCGUUUGCCUCCUCGCUGGGUCACUCCAAGUACAGCACCCUCUGGUGUCGGGCUGCAGUAAAGGUCAUAAAUCCCACCUCCGCCAGCAAAGCUUAUGGAGCUGUGGACAAACUUUAGAAAUUUAUUACACAGAAUAUACAUUUUUCUCCCCCCUGGUGCGGUGUUGACAUGUAAAAUAAUGACAAUAAAUGGUCCAGGGGAGUCAUACUAUCAACAUAACUGCCACAGCCACAUCUAUUGGCUAAACCUUUUUUGCGUAGGGGGUGCAGUGGAGUAGUUAUCGUCCAUUUAUCGUUAUCAAGGUGAUCUGCUCAAUAUAUCGUGAUAUUGAUUUGAGGCCAUAUCGCCCAGCCCUACUCAAGGGUGAUAAGAUUGACAUGCAGAGCUGGUAGUAGCACAUCUCAUGGGAAAUGUCAUUCCACAUAACACCUUUUUAACCUGCACAAUAAGUGAAUGUAGAAUGAAACUUUUAAAUAUAAACAUACUCAUGUUUAGGACAAGAUCAUCAAGGAGAUGAGGUAUACCAGGAUGCACCAAGAUUGUCAUCAACCAAAAAUUCCUCACAGGAGCUUCAACAACUUUUUUUUUGUACCUCUACAGCGGCCUCAUUUUCAGCCGCAGAGAUUGCCACUUGACUGCUGAUUCAGAGAGGAGGUUUGUACAAAAGUCACCUGUUAUGUAAACAGUGAUUUGUUGUCAAAUGUGUAAAGUAUGGAGUAAUUGCACAGCCUCUGAAAAAUAUCAGCAACGUGCAGUUUGCUAGACGUGUUCCACUGACAUUUAAAGAGUGACAGCUCACAACAAUUUAGGAAGAUCAAGUGUGAUUGCUUGUUUGAAAACCAGACACAAAGAAAAGAACCACGAGACACUUCUGUAUUGAAAUCAGCAGCAAAUCAUUUCAGCUUUGAUUAUUCACAACCUUAACUACAACUCCAAAUGUAGAACUUUAUCUGUAAUACGUCCUCCACAGGUGCCUGCCUUUACGGGAAAUGUAUAAAUGCAAAGUUAAAUAGCAGUCUGUUGGCCAUUUUGUCGUGGCAGCUCAAGCAGAGAAAUUUUGCUGUCAUUCCAAUGAUUGAAGGAGAAACAAUGUUAAAAAAAAAAACAUUAUUACACUCCACAGCUGUCAGGUUGUUAGAAGAAAUGCUUUAAAAUGGUGCUGCGGAUGAAACGCUGAUGUUACCACAUUUUAAUGCUGACGGUAAAAAUGCUAACAUUCUUUUGUUUAGCAGCUUAACCGGCAAUAGUAUUAGUUUGAACCGUGCAAGCAUACAAACAAACCCUCCACUCAGAUUGUGGCUUGGGUUGAUAGCAAAUUUACGGCAGUUUGAUUCGCAGGGUUAAACCUUAUUUGAGAAAACAGAAAAUGUGACUUGUGGAUCUCGGCAAAGUGAACACAAUUCAACCUGGGGGAGCAUAAAUGCCUGAACCAAACUUUGGAGAAAUCAAUUGCUGCUGAGACAUUUCAGCCCGGGCUUAAUGGGUGCACUGACCCUCGGUCAGGCCGACAUUUCCAUCCACCACACUGCUCUCCAACAGAGUGGUAACAACAAGCUGUAGACGUAGUUUUUUACAGCCCUUAUUCCCUACAUCAGUCUCAAAGGUCUCCACAACGGCUGCAUUGUUAAACCGCUAAAUGAAAACGACAGCCAGUGGGAGUUGUCAUCCCACGCAUUUCCCUUUUCCCCCAAAUGAAUUAGGAAAAAGCUUUUGGCUGAAAUGUCCCCAAUGCAAGCAUCAUCCUGCAUGCCCUGAAACUCAAAGAAGCCACACAAAUUAAAGCCAGAUAAUAAAAGGGCCUAUCCGGCUUCAUCUGACCCAGCUUCAAUAAUCCUCCAAGGACUAGAGAGAGGACAGCUGGGUUAUUACUUCGUCAUCACAGCUUCUUUUUUACCUCAAUCCCUCAGUCGGGAUGUCACGCAUGGAAGACAGGGCCGUCUGCACCUGCAUGAGGGUGUGAGAGUCCCUGAAUGCAUCACCAAGGCUGCCUCACUGUCACUAGACAUCCAUCCAACACCGCAGAGGAUCUGGUUUCAUUUCCAUGAGAUCUGUUUGCUCAGCUCGUGUCUUUGUGAGUGACUUUAUGCAGGCUUUUUUUUUUUUUCUAAGCCAGUUGAUGAUUUUGUAGCUCGUCUAACUGCUGUAAUUAUGCCGAGGAUCUGUUGGCGGCCGCAAUCUGUCUUUGUUUUUCAUUUUCAGCUGCUCAGCAAAGCAGACCUAUCAGUGAUGCAGAUGUCGGUUGGUGCGAUUGCUGCGUGCAGUGCUGGCUGCAGCUUUUAUGUUCCUGCACAGAAACACUCAGCAGGGUUUGCCGCUGUCAUGUCUUGUUCUGCUUUAAAUCCGUAAAAAAAAAUGUUGCCUCCUAUAAAUUCUGCAGAGAAGCUGUGUCAGGGCUGGCCAGGCGGGUCCCUGGGCACAGGACUUCACAGGCCAUUUAGAUUUGGCACUACACCCUCAUGCUGCAGAGUCACCCCAAAAAAAAAAAAAGAUUCCUUGAUAGAAAAGGUUUUCAUCGCUGCGAGCAUCUGUCCCUCAAGGACCCUUUUCCUCACAGCCUUUACUUUUCCCUGCUUUGGGGUGAAAUAGAGGGGUGAGAGCGACAGCGUGAGUGAGGAUCUCGCUCCAUCUUUAAGAGUGCCAGUGUCACUCUUCAGCCUUGAGUGAAACCUCAAACAGACAAUCCAAAGAAGCACUGCGUAAAAAUUGUUUGUAUGAAAGCGAAACAAUCCUCCUCGGUUUCAUUCUUCUGCCUCCUCUUCCUUUUUUUUGUGCUGUUUGUCUGCAGGCGACACAGAGUUGACAGCUCUGGUGGCUCCGGUCUCCGGAAAAAGAGGGGGAUUUAAUGAGCACAAUGAAAUCACCCUCCAAUCUGAGAAAGAGGGUUGCUCUUCUUAAUGUGCCCAUCAUCCAUUCACACUUCUCAAAACUCUUAAACGUCCAUCAGCAAGGGCGCAGAGACAGAGAGGAAGAGAGGGAGGUAAAUGAUGACUUCCUUGAAGUGUUUUGGGACGGUCGAUUGUCCUCAUGAGGUCCUCGGCUGUGAUAAGAGGGCGGCAGGACUGAGUGAUUGUUUUCAGUCACCGCUGAAACAGCAAAGGAAGAUUGCAAGUUUUCCUCUUUUUUUUUCUUCUUCUUCUUCCAGUGUGAUCAUUAGUGUCUUUCUCCUUGUUAUCCAUUUCACACACAUUGCAUCAGGGCAGGAUUUUCUGUAUCAAGUGCAGCUCGACAAGUUUGGAGUUACAAUCAUGAGGAAAAGGCGAGGGAUCUUAUAGUGAUCUGGCAGACAGGCCUGAUUUGAAGCAUCCGUCUGCUUAAAGAAGAAGAAGAAAAAGAAGAAGGGAAACUAGAUUCAGCUGAAGCUGUGUGUAAAUGACCUCUCAUUCAAACAGCUACACUCUCCCUCCAUGUUUCAGGAUUGAUUUAUAACUCACACGCACACCCGCCCUUUGUGUCUCCAUCUCUCUGCCUCUUGUCUUUGCUCUCCCUCUCCUCUCGUGUGUUUCCUCCCUGGGAAGCAUCCUGCUGACACUCUCUCCAAGGAGUCUUAUUGAUAUUCUUGGAGAGGCAUUGCAGGGGGAGAGAGAAAGAAAGAAAGAAAGAGGGGAAUGAAAGUCACACUGUAGCAGCAGACGCACUGCCUUCUAGUACCAACAACGGUAAAAAAAAAAAAAAAAGAAAGAAAAAGGGAAAAAAAUCACUAGUCGCCCAGCAGGGAUAUGUCAUCGUUCAUAUUGUCUGCUGCUCCGCUAACAGAAUCUCUCCUGCUUUGGAUCUGUAUUAUUAUUCAGCAGCACGUGGAAAAGCACUCUGCCAGUCAGAGAUUUUCAGUAAAGCUUUGGAGAUUCUUUCAUGUGGAGGGAUAUUGUAAAGAGAUUAAACCCCUAUUGUGAUGUAGAUGGGACACUUUUGUCACAGUGAAAACAAAAUAAUUAUAUUUGUGCAGACACCUAAUAGGACACAUCUAGAAAAGCUAGCCUAGAUAUCGAGAAAUAAGAUCUGACUGGUGGUUCCUUCUUACCUCUAAGUGAAGAUGUGUGACACUACCUUGGGUGAGGACUUUCCUGACUCCAAAGACGCUGUACAAAGACCUUUUUCUUCAGAGACCUGGGACAACUUUAUAAUGUUAACAUAUCUGUAGAGCUGAGUAGACACUCUCCAAACCAGUGCAAAAUGAACUCUAUAAAGAUGUAGACACUCUUCUAGUUGAUGGACUUGUUUGCCUUUUUUUAAGUUACAAGAAGGCAUCAAUGUUAUUUUCAGUGUGUUCUAUAACCAGCUUAAAUUAAUUGCUGUACUGUUUUGGAUUGUUAACUUUUCAAAACAAGCUGUAUUUCUUCCAAAAAAUAAUCUACCUAUUUAUUUACCAUCUCUCUUCUUUUAAAUGAUAUAACCUCAGUCUGGGUUUUAUUUUUCAAGUAUAUUUAGUCUUUAAAAGUAAUCAUAUUCUUAAAAGGACUGCAUAAAUACAGAACUCUAAGAGGACGAGCAUAAGCAUAAUGUGAUUGAUGCCAACUUUCACUUCCUGACAGUUUUCAGCACUCAGUGUUGGAAAGUAGUUCAGAUCAAAACUAGAGAGAGACCAAUCAGUCAGUCUGCUGAUUAAUCGCCCUGAUUAAUGGUAUUUUGACAUAAACUGCAUCAGCCCUCACAAGGCCGACGUCACCUCUCUCCUUUCUAAAGGAUAACACGUAGUUUGAACCCUAAAUGACAGCUUAUAAAAUCUUUAACUGCUCCCCAUAAGUGUUUUAUAUACAAUCUAUUUUUAGGUGUAGAUUGCAGUUUCCAUUGCCUCUGACAUAUAUAUCAUUUAUUGUCUGAAAUCUAUAGCAUAACCCUCUAUAUUUGUUUUUCUUUUGUUUUUUUUUUAAUUAAUGAUGAAUCACUGGUUGAGAAUCAAACUGAAACUGAUACUGAUGCCUCUGGGAAUUUCAAAAGCAGACAGGACCAUCAGCAACAAAUCUGACUUCACUUAAGUGAUUUAACUGCUUAAAACGCUGAGAGGGGUUAGGUGUCUAAAAAAGAUGAUGGGCAGCAGGUUAAAAACUGAAUUUUUUACUUCUUCACAGCAAAUCCUCACAGUAAAUGAUAGAUUUCAUUGUUAAUAGAAAAAAGGGUGAGGUAUCUGUCUGAAAACACUGCAUUACAACAACGAAUGCGGCAUCUAAUGUGAACGGAAUGCGUCCGUGAAGUGACCCGCAUGUGCACAAAGCACAAAGUGCUUUCUGCGCCUGUUUGUGUUGUCGAACAAUGGUGACGUUUGUCGCAUAUUGAUGACGUAUAGGUCGGAUGAACGCGACCUAAGCGUCCACACUGCAGUCACAUCAGAUACAUAUCUGAUUUAUAUCCACAUACAAAAGAGGCCUGGGUUGGAUUUGAAAAAAUCUGAAUUGCACUGUUCACACUUACACGUAAAAUCAGAUAUGUGUCACAUAAGGUUAAAAAAUCGGAAUUGACCUGCAGUGUGAACAUAGCCGUAUAUGUGUAGACUAUCAGGUACCACUUUGUCCAGAGAAGGCGACAAUAUCAACACAAAUCCAAAGUUCCUUAUAGUAGCUUUAAUGAUAAAAGUAUUUAAUGGUUUUCAAUAGAGGUGGAAGAAAAAAUUGAUGCAGCAUAGUAUCGCGAUAUUUUGUAUGGUGAUAUAUCGUAUUGUCUCAUUUACGAAGUAUCAAAAAAUGGAAAAAAUAAAAUCAUGUUUGUCCAGUGAGGUUGGCAGAGGUGACGUCAUAGAGCAGGAGAAAGUACAACAAAUAUAUGAAAGGUUUGCAAGAUGUGCUUCAUGAAAAUAAAUUACAGCAUAAAAAAGACAAAGAUAGAGGAAAGCCAAAAGCUAAAUUAGAGCUAAAAAUCGCAAUAAUAUUGUAUCGUGAGGCCACUGGUAAUCCCCACCCUUGGUAUUCAAUUUAAUAUCUAGUAUUACAAUAUAGUUUUAUUUCAUCAAGUGCUAACAGCGAGAUCAGUUUUGUAUAUUGACUACCAGCCAUCCAAAAAAAUGAUACAGGAGGGAAGCAUCUAGCUUCAAUAGAUUUGAUAAGUUAGCCUAUGAGUAUAUCUCAUCAUCUGAUAAACCACACUCGUACAAAACUAAGGUAUUUCCCUGUAUGCCUAUACUGACUUGGAUGCCACUGUUUGCUGUUUUACUGAAUAGGAUAGAUGGUGUGUGUGCGUGUGUCUUUGUGCUCUUAAUGAAACUAGACUCUGAAGUGAAGAAAAUUCUCAUCUAAUAGCUGCAUCAGAAAUAAACCACUGCCUGUUAAUAUGUCAGGUUACUUUUUUAAACAAAAUUCAACAACAACAAAAUUCUUUUAAAUAAGUUUUUUUUGUAAGUUUGAGUUUGACACUUUGAAAACUGCGAGCAGUUCAAGGACAACACCUUUUAGUAAAUCUAAUGAACUGUUUCAGAUAUUAAAUGAGAAAUAUUAGGGGAAAAAAGUUAACGUUGUCCUAACCUCAUUUUAAAAGAGUUAUUCUAUAAAUCUGAUCCAUGGUUAUAAAGAAGGAUUUUUUCCCUCUUUUUCUCACUGUUCUGUCAGAGAACAUUUUUGUAAAUGGUUUGAUUUCAAACAGAGUUUCUUUUCCUCUUACUCACCUGCGCUGUUAUUGAAGAGCAGUUGGUGAAAUCGUGUCUUUGUGAACUCUCUCCUCUGCGUGUGCUCUCAGGUUGUCCUUGAGAUCCAUCAAGGUUGGACAGGGGAGUCUUUUGAGAAAUCGUUGAUUUUACUUUUAAUAACAACAGAAAGUAUGACCCUUUAAAAGUGACCUGCUGAAUACAUUAGGAGGUGGAGGCUGAAAUGCUGUGGCAUGCUGUGGACAUGCCUCAUUGUUUAGAAAGAUGGGGAGUUGUAGUGAAAGCCAGUGACCUCCACUAUUAAUGCACCCCUGUUGUGGGCGUAGCCUUUCACUGAGUCACCCUGGCACACAGAAACAGCAUCACACAUAAAUCAAGCAACAUGUGUGAGGAGUGACUUUGUACCGUCUGACUCACACAUACAUGCACACCUUCUUCUCAAGCUGCACUCUCGGCAUGUGCCAGCCACUUCUCAUUGCCCUUUCUUUGCUCGCUGUAACUGACUUUAAUCCGGUGAGCGUUAUGACACAUUUUUGUCUAACUACAGUGUCGGCUCCGAGCCAGGGGGUUGCUGGGACUAAUUUGACAGCUGCCACGGCUCAUUAUCUAAUAAAGGGGACAGUUCUUGGCCCUGCAGUUUAAAAAGCAUUAGUGUAGAUGUUAUUUGUAAUAACCUCACACUUUGCAGGCUGUCAUUGUGUUAAUGUUUGUUCCUCAAGAUGAGAGGGGGCCUAGCUUCUAUUUAAGAAGUGGCACUGCUUCAAUUUAUUUCUAUUGUCUUUGAAAAAAAGAUCAGCAAUAUGUCAGUUCCUAUUCCAAAUACAGAUGUCCUCUCCGUUUGUCUCUUACAGACCCGGCCAUGGACUCCUUCAGCACCAAGAGCUUAGCCUUGCAGGCGCAGAAGAAGCUGAUGAGUAAGAUGGCCACGAAGAGCGUGGCCAACCUCUUCAUUGACGACACCAGCAGCGAGGUGCUGGAUGAGCUGUACCGCGUCACCAAGGAGUACACCCACAACCGCAAAGAGUCCCAGAAGAUCAUCAAGAACCUGAUCAAGAUGGUGGUGAAGCUGGGAGUUCUCUACAGAAACAACCAGUUUAACACCGAGGAGCUGAUUCUGGUGGAGAACUUCAGGUACGAUACAGCACAUAAGGGCUGCACGAUAUAUCGUUUGAGCAUCGUCAUCGCGAUGUACGUGUGUGUGAUAGUCACAUUGCAAAGCCUGCGAUAUAGGAGGCGAAUGAACACAUCUAAUUUCAAGGGUAGCUGAUUGACAUACACCACAUGUGACUCUACAUGGGCUGUACAGCGAUCCAUCAAUCACAUUCGUUCUUUACUCAGUUGCCAAUCCGACUGCCCUACCAGCUGUCAAUCAAAAUCAGAGAGGAGGAAACGGUGUCGGUGUUGUGCAGAGAAACGGGUGUCCGCUGAGAAUUACUUUGAGAACAUUCUUCAUCACUGUUUAGCCCAAGAAAUAAAAACUGUAUGGGUUUGAAAUGAUGCAUUUCCAUGGACAACUCUACUAUAAGCGGUGCGUGUUUUGCGAGGUACAUGCAAUUCUCGGCGGGCAUAAGUUUCUUAUCACAACACCGGUAACAACAACAAGAUUGCAAAAUAAGCAACAAACAAGAGACAACCACCAAAAAUGAAGACUUGUUGCUAAAAAGAAAAGGAAAGUCAGUUAUCUGGAAUUAUUUCAGUUACAAAAAGGAUGAUGUCGACCAAAACACCUGUUCUGUGUCGGCAGUGCCUUUCACCUGUUUCCACAAUAACGUCCCAGCACAAUAAAAGCUAAAAAUAUCUCUGAGACAGACAGAAGCCAUUCUACUAACAUUCACAAAAGAGGAAAGAUCAGUGCAGGUUAACUGUCCACAAGAUUUCAGCAGUGCAGCAUAACAUAAAGUGCUAUUCAGGUCAUCUGGUGAAAAUCCCUUUAUUUUGUAAUAUCGCAGUAUAUAUCGCAGGGUUGAAAAAAAUUGCCAUGUUAGUUUUUCCAAUAUCCUGCAGCCUUACAGCACAUACGUCUUACGAAAGUGGAAGCAAAAUAUCUGAAGAACUCCUUAAACAGAGUGUCUCACACCAAUAUCAGAAUCAGAAUCAGAGUGCCCUUUAUUGACAUCAUACUGACGAGAUUGGAGAACUUCUCUAUUUCCAGUGCAAUAGAUACAAAAAAAAAGAAAAACAGAAACGAAUUAAGAGUACAAAAUAGUUGUAAGAAAAACAAAAGGUACAAAAUAUUUACAAGAUAAAAUUCUCCAGUGCAGUGCAAACAGUGCAAUGAAAACUAUAUACAAGAAUAAGAGGAGGAUAAAUAUUAAGAAUAAUAUACAUAUAUAUGUUUAUAUAUCUUGUUAAAAUAUACAUGGACAUGUAUUGCACAGGUUAAGGAUAUAGAAAUGUAUCACCCACAGCUUGAAGAUGAGCAUCAUUUUGAGCCUGCAAUGGUUAAAAUUUAAAUACAUUUUAACUGGUUUCUGGUUACUCUGGUUCCUACCAGUGUUCAAUUGUUUCAUCAAAUAGAUGUGCACACCCCUAGUUGGUAUUUUCAAACUCAAAUAUGUCAGCAAGCUGCUGUCAGUAUCUUGUGCAAAGCGAGGCAAAUACUUCCUGUUCUUGCUCUGCAAAGUACACACACAUAAGAAAAGUGUCAGUUCUUUUGUCAUAUUUCUAAAAUUAGGACACCAACAUAGCUCCAACAUGGUCAACACUAAACCACUGUCAGAUUCUACCAGCUAUUAAAAUAUUGUUUCAAGGCGUAUCUGGAUUUGACAGAUCUUCAGCUGGUCCUGGUUGAGAGAUUCAAGCAGAAAAAAAAGUCUGCAGCCAAGUAUGUUUUAAUGUGCUGAUGGUGGCAAAUUAAGGAAAUUGUCUUUCACAUCAGUUUAUAUAUUACCCACUAAAAAAGUAAAAGGCAGCUUGGAGGCAUUUGAAGCUGACAUUAGUGCACAGUAUGGAGAAUGGUGAUUGUGUUAGCAUGGAGAUGCAUCGCUGUGAAGGACAAUCCUUUAACUGAUGGGGAGUGUGUGUGUGAGUGUGUGUGUGUCUGUGAGUGUGUGUGUGGUUGGGGGAGGGGGGGUGAAACUUUUCAAAAGAAAAUCAUAAGACAGCAGUUUCUAUUUUUACUUGCCUCUGACUGCUGCUCCAGUCAGAAUUAGAAACUGACAGCCUCUCUUCUCUCUUCUGUCGUCUCACAGGAAGAAAGUUCACACUCUGGCCAUGACGGCGGUCAGUUUCCACCAGAUCGAGUUCACCUUUGACCGCCGCGUCAUGAGCGCCAUUUUAAAUGAUUGCCGUGAACUGCUGCACCAGGCCAUCAAACGCCACCUGACAGCCAAGAGCCACUCCCGAGUCAACCACGUGUUCAAUCACUUCGCCGACUGUGAUUUCCUAGCGGCUCUGUACGGGCCCUCUGAGGUUUACCGCGCUCACCUGCAGAGGAUCUGUAACGGGGUCAACAAGAUGCUCGACGAAGGGAAUCUCUGACCACACCUUUACCUCUAGUCACCCUCAAAUUUACCAUCAUGCAGCAACUUUUUUUUUUUUUUUUUUAAGGUGACAAUGACGAACAAUUUAUUUCACGUAUCCUGCUUUGUGUUGUGUGCCUUCAGCCAUUACUGUAACACUGAAACUCUCUUCGCUAGUUUGUCCAAAGUCGGAUUGUUUUGUUAAUCUACAGCAGAUGUUUUAUUUUGAAUGAAUGUAGAAACUCUAAGCUCUUAUCAGUAUAUUCAGGGGUAGGAGCCGUGACAACUGUGCCUUCGAAUACAUAUUUUUAUCUUCAUUCCAAGGGCAGCUUGCUUGCUCUCUUACUCAAUCACACAGACAUGAAUCCAGGCACAGGCCUCCUGUUUUAUCUCUGUAAGGUGCUUAGAACGGACAAAUUGCUCUCGGAGCGCCUGAAAAAAGUGAAUUUAUAUCUUUUUCAAAUACCCAAGGACACAUAAAAGUGAUUUCUUUGUUUGUUUGUGUCUUUAAGUACAAUUGCACUCAAUCUUGAACAAGCGCUGUACUGUACAUCCCUGCAUACAUGUAACUAUGUGAAGCAACACAAUAAUCCCGCUUACCCUGCAUUUCACAGCUCCCACCGUCGCGCACUGAAGUCCACUUUCUCUAGAAGGCACCUAUAAACCUAGUUUUGCUUUAUAAUAGCCCGGUUUAUAGCCACCGCAUCAAAGAUGAAGUAUUUGGGUCAGGGUGGGACCGUAAACAUGAAGGAAUCUGGUUCUACUGGGCAUUGUUGACUCAAACGUCUUGCUGGCUUUGGGCUUUUCUGCUCUGACAAACUUCUUUUUCGGUUUAAUAAAUGUCAAAAACACAGCAGGGGUGCCACACAAUGAGGCGUCAGGUGCAAGGCUGCCCUGUCAGUUUGUCAGAGGGGGAAUAAAGCAUGAGUACAGCAGAAAUACUCAUCAUAAUAGAUGUUUGAGCCUGGGGUCAGUCUCGUUUCAGGUUUAUCGGUAUUGCCACGGGUUCAUCCAUAAAAGCACAAAAACUGUGGUUCAAAUUCUGAUGGAUCUGGACUAGAAAGACUCCCCAUGAGCAGUCAGAUGAAAGGCUGGACCAAAACUGUAGCUCUGUAUCUAUGAAAAGGACCAGGCAGGGUAUACAGAGAUUAGAGCAGAGACAAACACAGUACCUGAUUGUACUCUCCCUCUGCAAUUAUAGCUCCACACUCCAGGGUGGUAUAAUGGCCCGGAGCCUGCCUCUGUCGAGCCGCCUCUCCGUUUUUGAGCACACAGCAGCCUCAUGUAAUGUGAUGGAGAUUACCAUCACUGUUUGUGAGAUGCAAGUCCUUUUAAUGGAGUGAAAGAUGCUGUUGUGUUUCUUCCAUAUAAAGGAGCAUAUGAAUAGUUACUACUAUCCCUCUCUAACCUCACAUAAUAGCUGUCUUUCCUUUUUGUCUAUGUGUUUUUGUAUCACUGAGCCUGUCUGGGAGAUUGUUUUGUGCUGCGGCCUCAUUUUGUAUUCUGCAUGUGUGUGUGUGUGUAUGUGUGUUUGUGUGCGUACCUGUGAGAGAAUUGGAAAUUGAGCCGUGUAAUAAGCGCUGUGCUUUUCCAGAUAGGAUUGCUGAAACUUUAACUCCAUCCACAGCAGCUCUGCCAAAGAAAAGAAGACUGAUGUCACUUCAAAUGGGGUCUCUUUCCGGGGGAACAUUUCUGAAAAACAGUGUGCACUUGAUGAUUAUAACUCUGCUUAUGGUGAUAAUGAAGACAAAGGUGGUGGCUGUUGUGGAUUUCUUUUUUUUUUUUUUAAAUAUGUCUUUUUAAUUCUUCGAUGACUUCCCUGAGUCUCGUUCUCAUUUGUCGGACCCCGUUGACUCCUGCUACACUAUUUUGGCAGGCUUUGAAGUAAAUCCUUUUUCCUAAUUCCCCCCAAAACAGUUGACUUUAAUUGUCUUUGGAUGUCAUUUUCUCCAAUCCCUCCACAUCUCAGGGUUAGUUUAAAUCUCCCCUUGGUUUAAAAUGCAUGACACACUUUGCAGAAAUCACCACAAACCUCUGCAACAGCCCCACUCGUUUUUCUGAGUCCUUGAAACGAAACAUUCAGAUCUUGAUGCUUUUUUUACUUUUGUGAACUGAGAACUGUUUAAUUGUCACUUGUGUACAUAUAACUGUUAUUGUGUCUCUAUAUUGUACCCAGGCACAACAAAUAUAAUGCAAAUAUACUUUUUUUUAAAGAAUAAAUUUCUUGUCUUUUUU